AAUUACUAAAGCUAUUACGAUUGCGAAAUCGAAAUGUCUGUCGUCAUGUCGAGAGGGAAGGCUUACACAAAAAGUAAACAGAAAACCACAACUUGGCCUACACCACAUUUGACCACCAUCGCAGUACAAUCACAAUCCUACGGAUGCUGAGUGUGAUUGCCAUUUCUCCCAAGACUUUCUUUGCCUUUGCUCGUGGUCAUUCAAAAAAAAGAUGACAACUUUAAAAGCAGCCGUUCUUUCCGCAGUCCUGGCCGCCUUUUGGUGGGAGACCACCGGGGCGCCGACCGCAGCCAGUGCCUCAAAGCCCCUUGUAUUGAUUGUGUCUUUCGACGGCUUCCGCUGGGAUUAUCUCACCAAAGUGGACACUCCAAACUUUGACGAACUUGUUGCUUCAGGGGUGAAAGCAAGAUAUAUCAAAGAUGUGUUUAUUACCAAGACGUUUCCAAAUCAUUUUACCCUGGUAACAGGACUAUAUGAAGAAUCCCACGGAGUGACUGGAAAUAGAAUGUUUGAUCCAGCUUUCAACCAGUCCUUUGAAAUGACAAGCACAGACCCAAAGUGGUGGAACGGAGGCGAGCCAGUUUGGAUCGCAAACCAAAAGCAAGGAGGCAAAAGUUCUGUUGUUUUAUGGCCCAGCGGGAACGUCAACUUCAGUGGGAUUUUACCCGAUUUUUAUUUCCCAGUGUACAACGUAAGCAUUCCAUUCCGCAAACGCAUCGACGUGAUGGUGGACAACUUUGUGAACGACCAAGUGAAUUUUGGAGCUCUGUAUUUCCAUGAACCUGAUCAUUCUGGCCACCUGUUUGGGCCGGAUUCUCAAGAGAUUUUGCCCAUACUCAGGAUGUGCGAUGAGACGGCAGGUUAUCUUGUUCGUCGACUGAAAGAGAGCGGUUUGUAUGAUCGGAUCAAUGUCAUCAUAACUUCGGACCAUGGGAUGACAACGAUAAGUCCGGACAGAGUUCUUGUGGUCGAAAGCUUUGUGGACCCUAGUAUCCUACCCUAUUUCACCACCAAUAACAAUCCAAUCCUGAGUAUUUGGCCAGAAAGUGAUGAAGAUACUGUAGCGAUCUAUGAAGGAUUCCAUGGCAAGAGCCAACACAUGACAGCCUACCUGAAAGAAGACAUCCCUUCAAGAUAUCAUUACAGGGACAAUCGUCGCAUCUCACCCAUUCUGUUGGUUGCCAAAGAGGGUUGGCAGAUCAUGAGCAACAGAACAGGGUACAAAUCAACGCAUCUAGGGACACAUGGCUACAACAACGACCUCAUGUCGAUGCACCCGUUUUUCAUCGCCCAUGGCCCCGCAUUCAAGAAGGGCUUCGUUGCCGAGCCGUUCAGCAGCACCAAUGUCUAUGCCCUCAUGUGUCAUCUUCUAGGCAUCAACCCCUCCCCAAACAACGGCAGCUGGGAGAACGUCCAGUCGCUGUUGGCGCCCAAGCCAACUCCCACGCCAAGUGGUGUCUCCACACAUGAAGCUGGCGGUAAUGUGAAUCCUGAAGGGGGCGGGAGCAGCGGUGGAAGAGGGGGCAUAUCAAAGUUUACCAUCUUUGGCAUCUGUCUUGCCGCAGGGUUGGUGAUCCUGGUAGUCACUCUCCUGUCAGCCAUGUGCCUCAAGCAACGCACCUACUGCGAGAAACCCAUGUCCUACCAACCCAUCGCCGAUACCUCACUGGAAAAGGACAAUCAGCAGGAGCCGUUCCUACCAAACUCCCGACUCUGAUAAUGGGCACCAGAGGAACUCGUGACCUACAUGUACCACCCCGUAGCCGAUACCUCACCGGAAAAGGACACGCAGGACAAGCCGUUCCUACCAAACUCGCGAUUCUGAUCAUAGGCAUCAGAGAAACCUGUGUCCUUCCACCUCACUGGAGAAGGACAUGCAAGAGCCAUUCCUCCCAAACUCUUACUCUGAUCACAAGCAAGAGACUAGUUUGAGAAUCCUUGAUUGCUUUGCUCUACUAAUAGCUAGGACACUUGCCCAAGAAAGAUACAUGGUGUACCAUGGAAAACCUAUUACACUAGCUUGGACCUUCGUUAAAAAAGGACAAGCCUUUCCUCUAAGAUUCUUGAUUCUGAUCAUGAAAAACAGACCUACUGCGAGAAAUAGUGCCCUUAGCCCCUUACCACCCCACAGCUGAAACCUUACUGGAAAAGGACACUAUAAGAGCCACUCCUACCGAAUUCUUGACUCUGAUCAUGAGCAACGGACUAGUUUAAGAAUCCCAGAUUGGUCUACCAAUAGCUGGAGCCUUCGCUGCAAAAGGGAGAAAAAGCCAUUCCUACCAAACUCUUCACUUUAUGAUGCUUUUGCAGAGAUUUUCUGGCAAGGGGUCUAAUCUUUAAUGUACAUUUGGGUUGGGACGGAAAGAGUUAAUUUUUUCUAGGUCUACAUUGAAGACCCAAACUGCUCCUGCUACGAACCAGGGAAUCUGGUGAAAUGGGAAAAUUUCAGUCAGUGAUUUUCACUGACAAAAGUUUAAAGGUACUGAAAUUCCUACCGAGUUACUAAUUCCUCAACAUACAGCAUUGAUAACAAUUUAUAAUUGCUGAUUGCGAUUGAUCCGAUCAAUCGCAACUAUGGACGGCUAGCAAUGUCAACAUCUAUUCUGCAUGUUCGUUCAAAAUG